AUGCUCGCUGCUGCCGUGGCUGGGCUGACACGGCCGCGGCCGGAGCGCCCGCCCCGGGAGGAGCCGGCGGGAGGAGCGGGAGGAGCGGGAGGAAGGAGGAGGAGUGAGGAGCCGGCGGGAGGAGCGGGAGGAAGGAGGAGGAGUGAGGAGCCGGCGGGAGGAGCGGGAGGAAGGAGGAGGAGUGAGGAGCCGGCGGGAGGAGCGGGAGGAAGGAGGAGGAGUGAGGAGCCGGCGGGAGGAGCGGGAGGAAGGAGGAGGAGUGAGGAGCCGGCGGGAGGAGCGGGAGGAAGGAGGAGGAGUGAGGAGCCGGCGGGAGGAGCGGGAGGAAGGAGGAGGAGUGAGGAGCCGGCGGGAGGAGCGGGAGGAAGGAGGAGGAGUGAGAGAGAGGUGGCGGGAGGAGCCCCGCGAGCCCCCGACAGGGAACAAGCCCCGCCCACGCCGCCGGAUUGGCUGCGCACGAGCGGCGCUCGGAGCCCCCUGGCGGCCGCGCUGGGAACGGCCCGGGGGCUGGGGGAGCGGGAAUGCCCAGAGCCGACAGCACCGCAGCAGACAGCGAUGUUCAUCGCCGGCUGCACCGGUGCCUUUGGCAGCCUGGUGUCCAAGAGCGGGGAGUCUGACAGGCCUCUUGGCGGGGUUACGCUCACAAAUGGGAUGUUUUCAAGUACAACUGUGUGCUGCCGCCAGACCACUGUCAGGACCAGGACCAGAGCAACAGGAACAGCUAUCUCGGCAGGGCCUGAAUUUCUGACACACAAACUGCAUUUAUGCCCUAGUGAGUAUCCUCCAGAUUGUCAUGCCAGCCCUCUCCAUCCUCACUACCAAUACAGUAUGAAGAAUAAAGAAUCAAGCAUCGUUUGCAAUGUCCUCUCCUGUGCCAGUACAACCUGUUGAUUUAUUUUCUUCCUCUUCCCUAAGUCUCUGCCUUGGGCCUGGCUGCCACACAGGCCAUGAGAACGUCCUGCUCUGUCCUUGCGAGCGCUGGGCUCUCCCUGUGUGUUGUGGUUUCUGGCUGUGUACACAGUUACUACACUGGCUCAUUUGCCCUUUUCCUUUCCUCCUCUGCAUUUAAGUUAUGACUCAGAGAGUGGAUUUGUUUCCCUGUUCUCCCUUAAUAUUUUUUCCAGCCUAUAUCAGUCCAUUGGUGCAGGUGUUUCUCCAGAGAUACACAAAGACAAGACAGGUUUAUUUUCCAUAUAAACUGUGACUGCUGCCAAAAUGCAAACGUGUUCUAUGUAGGCACAACAUCCAGAUUUCAUUCCUGAAUCCAGAACA